AUGUCUAUUAUUGCUGAUCCGGCAAUUGUCGAAACCUUUAAAUACCUUGAAAACGGAGGAUGUGUAAUACCAAAUUCAAGGCAUAGAUACGAUCUUUUCUUACCUUACAUAUUGAAAUAUUACAAGCCUAAUGACGUAUCUUUUUUAAAAGCGAGUUUUCUUCAGGUUGAUUUAGUAAAAAGUAUUUUAGAAUUAAAUAGAAAUAAUAUUAUCAGUGAUGUAGAAAGACAAGUAAGACAAAACUUAACGUUAUUGGAUGUUAUAUCGGAG